AGAAUACGGAAAAUUGUUAAAUGUUUUAAAUGUCUAACAACGUACAGUCUGCGUAUACAAAACUCAAAAUAUUCGAUGUGAUAAUUAAAAAGAAAAUAACCGGAGCCUUUCAGUUGCAGCUAAAUAUUUUUCGAUUAAAUUUUGUUUUAUCGGUACACACGCGCUCGGUUUGACAAAAAAAAAAUUGUAAACAGAACUAUGUGGUCGGCAGCAUUGUGUACACUUGGUGUUACUAAGCCUAUUUGGGGAUGUACGUGUUUGAAUUUUCGUCAAGGAUUGGCAGCGGAGUCUCGUGGGAAGAGGCCCCUGAAGAUUUGGGAUAGUUAUAGGACCAUCCGAAAAGGACUCGUUGUUGGCAGUUUUGAAGAAUUAUUGGUUAGAGGCAAAGACAAACUUGGCGUUUCAGCCUCGGAAUCAGUGAGGCUUGUUUUAGAGUGUGACGGAACACAGGUGGAAGAUGGUGAAUAUUUUAGAACAUUGGCAAAUAAUACGGUGCUAUUACUCCUGAGACAAGGAGAGCGAUGGUAUCCAACUGGGGUCGAUGUCAUUAAAGCUGCGAUAUCAGCUAUACCUAAAAUCGUCUGCGAGACGAUACAUGCGUUAGAAUUGCAUGAUGAGACGCCAUCGUGGAAGAUCAUGGAUAAUAAAGGUCGCGUCACCGUUGUCCUGCAUUGGGACCAACGGCAAGGUGGUAGCAGUAACAGUGGAGGCGGCAUUGGAGCGAGUAGCAGCAGUUCGAUCAACAUUAAUGGUCUGCAGUCCGACAAAUAUUCACCAUCCAAAAUGGGAUUAUCGGCACAGAAUUCUUUGGACAAAUCAUCAUCAUCUCAACAACGAUUUCCUAGUCCGCAAAUAACCGUCAUAAAUCAUGACGAUCAGCAAUCAGCUUUAUUUCAUCAAGGUCGUCGCCUAUCGAGACAAAGCGGCUCAUUUGACAGUGCCGUCGGUGCUGUACACGUGCACACACCGGAAUGUGCUCACCACGCACACACGCCAAGCCGAGCUGGUUCGCCCAGUGCGGCCGAAUGUGAUUUUCACUGUUGUGCACUGCACGAAGAAGGCCGUAAAAUUGCUGUGCACAAAAGUGUGGCUACAUCACCGAUACAAGAUGGUAGCUGCAGUCCUCAACCGAAUCCUAGUAACUUAUCUGAUCCUAGUACAAUGCAACGACGACCAUCGACAAGCAAAGGUCACGUUCGAUUUUUGGACAUCGGUCCCGAGCGCGACAGUUCCGAAAGCGAAACGGAAAAUACGGUAAUGGAAGACGAUGUCAUAACUUCCGAAAAAUUCCUAUUACUGAUCGAUCAACUGUCGGUCGAUCAGAAAAAGCAUCUAAAUAUUAAGGACAUUGGCAUUAUAUUGGAGCGAUUGAGCUCGAAAAUUUUAGACGUCGAACGAUUGGACCGUGAAAGCGAAUCGGACGAUUGUUACAAUUGGACGAUGAAAGCGACUAUACGCGGCGAUGCGUUACGGGAAUUAGGUGUCAUUUAUAAUGGAAACUAUUAUGCAAUAUCCGAGCAUCCGGGCUAUAAAGAAGAAAAUGAUGAUGAUGAAGAAAAUGGUGAUGAAUGUGAGGAAGAGGACGAAGAUAGACUAUAAAAAAUGAAGCAAAACAAAACAAAUUAAACGGAGAGAAAAUAAUGAAUAAAAAUUGUUUUAAAAGAAAUGAUGAUGAUGCAGAGAAUGGAACCAGAGAGAAAACAAAAAGUAUUAAACACAAAUUAGUGAUUUCUAAUAUACCUAGUGAAUUAAACAAAAAAAA